UAUUAGUGUUUCCUCAAGAGGAAGUAACUCGGAAAUGGCAGCCAACGGAGAAGUGGUCCAGCGAUCUUGUGAGACCCCAGGCUGUGACAAAGACGCAAAACUACAAUGUCCAACGUGUAUCAAGUUAGCCAUUCCCGGUUCAUUUUUCUGCUCGCAGGAUUGUUUUAAAGGAUUUUGGGAUGAACACAAGAAAAUUCACAAGAAAGCAAAAGAAAAUUCAGCAAAGAACAGUGGUGAAUACAACCCUUGGCCUGGAUUUAAGUUCACAGGUGCCCUAAGACCUCAACGAGUGUCCCCCAAGCGGUUGGUUCCUGACACGAUACCUAGGCCAGACUAUGCUGAUCACCCAGAGGGUGUUCCUAUUAGUGAAAGACAAAUGAGGGGAUCCACCAAUAUCAAGAUCCUUACAGACGAAGAACAGGAAGAUUUGAGGGUUACCUGUAAGUUAGGCAGAGAGGUUUUAGACAUUGCUGCCAAUGCAACAGAAGUGGGCAUCACAACAGAAGAAAUUGAUAGGAUUGUUCAUGAGGCCUGUGUGGACAGACAAUGCUACCCCUCUCCACUCAAUUACUACUGCUUUCCCAAGUCCUGUUGUACGUCAGUAAAUGAGGUCAUCUGCCAUGGUAUUCCCGAUAUGAGACCUUUAGAAGAUGGAGACAUAAUGAAUGUUGAUAUUACUGUUUACCAUAGAGGUUGCCAUGGAGAUCUGAAUGAAACUUUUUUUGUUGGAAAUGUGGAUGAAAGAAGCAAAAAGCUGGUGAAAACAACCCACGAAUGCCUAUCUCUAGCCAUAGAUGAAGUGAAGCCAGGUGUGCGGUACAGAGAUAUGGGAAACAUCAUCCAAAAGCAUGCGCAGGCCCACGGAUUCUCAGUAGUCCGCAGCUACUGCGGCCAUGGCAUUCACCAAUUAUUUCACACAGCUCCUAGUGUACCACAUUAUAGCAAAAACAAGGCUAUUGGAGUCAUGAAACCUGGGCAUUCAUUUACCAUAGAGCCAAUGAUAUCAGAAGGUACUUGGCGAGAUGAGAUGUGGCCCGAUAACUGGACUGCAGUCACCUUGGACGGCAAGCGGUCUGCUCAGUUUGAGCACACUUUGUUGGUCACUGAUACAGGCUGCGAAGUGCUAACAAGGCGGCGAGAAAACAAUGGACAACCUCAUUUUAUGGACAAAUUAUAAACCCGAAAAUCAAAUUGUUUGGUUUUUACUUUUAAAAAAGUAUUGUAGAACACCAACUAAAAAAAAUGCCAAAUUUUGAUCUGCUUGUUAUGAAUUAUUUAUUUUGAAGAUAUUACAAAACUUAUAAUGCUCUUGCACAGUUUUGUCGCAUCUGUUAUUUCAAACAGUGUUUAAACAUGUACAUUUGUGCAAAAAUAACUCAAAAGAAUUUACAACAGGGGUUGUAAAUUUUUCUUAUAGACUGAGGGGGAAUCCAGUCUCCUUUUUAACAAGAUAGUAUGUGAACAGAUAAAAAUGUACAUCUGAAAUAAAAGAAAAUCUCCUACAGAAAG